AUGUCUAUCCUCAAGGUACUCGCGACAGAUGCUCCCAUCGAAAGGUACGGAAUAGUUGUUCCUGAGUGGGAGGUCGAAGUGACCUCGGGAUCGACGACGGUACUCGAAGGAACAAUAGAGGAGAUACACGAGGAGCUCCUCCAGUUGAACCCCAAUUGGGAUGAAGAGUACAUGUCCAACUUUACACAGGCUGCUGCUGAUACUGAAAAGAGAGAUUCCGACAAGCAUCUCUUUGGCCGGACCAACUUCAACGGGGCGAAAUACACAUGCCGCGGCCGCUGGCCCGAGUGCCACACGGCUCCCAUUGUGAGAGGUGUAGAAUACCUAAGAUAUGUCCAAGGAAAGCCAAAGAAUGGCCCUGGCCCUGGAAACUGUGGCCGAGUAAGCUGCUCCAACAACGCCGCGAUCUGGUGGUGUAAUGAUGUCAUCCAACUGAAAGAACGCCAGCUCCAAAACCCUGAACGGAUUUGGAAGCAUUGCGGAUGGCGCUGGCAAAACGGUGGCUACAGAAGCUUUGUCUCUGGACAAGUGUUCCACAGCACUAAAUGGAACGUCAUUGUGCGAAAGGACAAGUGCUAA